CUUCGCGUAACGACAGUUCGACCGCGGCGGUCAGCGACACCGAACGCACGUCGCGUCGCACCGCGUUACGCGUUCUUCUAUUUUAUUCACUUUAACAAACCUUAACUAUGUCCGAAACGGAAAGAUUGAUAGAACUCGUCAAAAGCAGACGGUUUCUAUACGAUUUAAGUGAUCCAUUGUACAAAGAUCGACACAAACGAAUGGAAGCAUGGAAAGAAAUCUCGCGGUUAAUGGGCUCGGGCAGUGGUACUGCGCACAUCUGGAGCGCAAAAUGGAAAGGUUUGAAGGACAACUACGCUAAGUACAAGAAAACUUCUGAACCGGGUUUCGUGGAAGCGUACAAGAAGUACAAGCACUGGCCUUGGGCGGAUAAAGUGAAGUUUUUGGACGACUGCGUCAGCACAACAUGUAGAAGAGUUUAUAAUUACACUCCAAAGGAAAUUCGGGAACCAAGUCCAGAGAAUACUGACCCAAAAACUUCAGAAGACAAUUUAAAUGAAGGAACAAGCGAAUGUGAAGUGAAAAAGGACUCGUUAGAUGGCGUAGACCACUUCUUCCUAAGUUACGCGGAGACUUUUAAAAAGUUACCUCCUCGUAUGCAAAUUAUGUUGAAGUUAGAAAUAGCCACGUUGUUCACAAGGUACGAGUUGCAAGCUGAUGGUAUGUCCAAGGAAUCUAUUGAAAACAUGCCGCGAAUAGUCCCUCAUCCUGUUAAAUAUGAAUUCGAUUUUGAAAAUGAUAUCAUGAAUGAAUGAGUUAUUGAUGA